AUGCCAUACACGUCCACGCGUGUACAUGCGAGCUUCGUUGUGUUGCACGCCGGGUCUGCUGAUAAUUCCAUACCCGACGCUGGUAAUACCAACGCGACUGCACAGCCGGAUCGGAUCGUUCAAGGCCCUACAUCGUCUUCUUCGUCCGACGGGUCUUCUAUAAGUGACGACGAACUGGGUCUAGCUGUUGGUGGUGGUCUCGUGGUCAUAGUACUGAUCUGUAUCCUUUUCGUUGGCCACAAACGACGGCGUAGAAUGGAAAAAGACGUCACACCCGAGCCAUCUCCAGGCACAUUGGACGCCUCCUCUAGACGUUCCCCAGCAGCGGACGCUCAAGAGCUCUACGUCCUCGACAGUAAUUCCUUCAUGUCUUCAUCUAUUUCGUUUGGUUCUCGAGUCUCCUGCUUCCUACAAGAACAGUCCACUCAAGAGGAAGCCAACGAGUCCUGGAAUCAUCCAGAGGUGACUGCAGUUCGCGUAUCUGUUAGUGAGAUAUCGCUAGACGAACUCGUAGCUCGAGGCACCAACAGCGAAGUGUAUCGCGGCCAGUAUAGAGAUCAAAUGGUAGCUAUUAAGAAGCCUCUGCCAAAUUGGCUUGGAGAUCGCAACAACCUCGACGCAUUCUUCGCAAAAGUCCGAGUGCUCUCGUCGCCAUCGUUGACACAUCCUAACAUCGUGUCGUUCCUUGGGGUGUCGUGGAGAUCGCUCGCUUACGUGUGUAUGGUAUCUGAAUUUAUGGCUGGUGGAGACCUGCGUUCCUUAUUGACUCGACGACAUCAUCACCACGCUCUUGUACGAGAUGAAUUCAGUCGACGGGGAUUUAGCCGCCAGAAAGUAUCCAUAGCAUCUCAAGCAGUGAGCGCAUUAAGCUUCCUACACGCUCAAGGACUCGUACACGGAGCCAUUCGGUCUCGAAACGUUCUGUUGGAUGAAAAUCUCAAUGCAAAGCUAACAGGUUAUCAAAGGAACAGUGCUCAGUCGGCCAUGGAUCGAAGGAGAUUGAGCCACGAAGCUUCACUCCUCUCAGUACCCCCACGGCUUUUAACAGCGGCCGUCCCGAUCGGAGUGGCGGACAGGUUACGACGAGAACGCACUCGGUUUGACGCUCUAUGGAGCGCCCCGGAGGUUCUUCGUGGCGAGCGUAGCAACGCGAAAACCGACGUGUUCUCAUUUGGAGUGAUUUUAUGCGAACUGGACUCGUUAGCAGCUCCCUAUGGCUACAGCGGUCGAUUUGGCGAACACGGCGACAGUGCGGAGCUGUUGGAGAAAGUAGCAGCAGGCCACGUCCGCGUGCAUUUCACCAGCUCGGGGAGAGCCAGACACGGACGGCGAGGGUCAUCGUCGCCCUCGGAGAUGGAUCCCCGUAUCACGGCGGCCAUCGUGCGACUGGGCAAAGCUUGCGUGGCGCUGGAUGCUUUCGAACGCCCCUCGGCCGCCCAGGUGUCGGCUGAGCUACACAAGCUGCUGCAGACGCCCGACCCCGAGCUUAGUCGUACGCAAGGACCGACGACAGCGUAG